AUGUCUUGGAAAAAUGCUUUAUUAGAGCAAGAAUGUGGUGGAACAAAUAGUUUGGUAGAACUUUCUAAUAAUUUUGCUCAAAAUAAUUCUAAAUUACAAAACCAAAGAAAUGAAGCAAUUAAUUCAUUAUUACCUUCAUUAUCUAAGGGUGAAGAGUUUGCUCAAGAAUAUAUGUCAAAAAAUAUAAAUGUUAUUCCAGCAAAUACAUUUGACAUGAGAAGUCUUAUUGGUGCAAUACCACAACAACAUAGUAAUAUUAAAAAUAGCUCAAAAUUAACGAAUGUAUGGACCAAUGAAUUUUUAUCUAAACCAAAAACAGUCGAUUUUAAUACAAUUUGGAAUCAAACGUUUUCACAAGUUCAGCCACCGAUUUUAUCAAAUCAAGUAUCAAAUGUAUCUUCAUGGAUAACCUCAUAUACGCAACAAAGUCAAAAUAAUAAAAAGGAAGAAAUUAUGCAAAAUAUUCCAAAAAAUAAUAUGUGGUCAUCAGAAUAUUUAGAAAAGUUUGAUGAAACAUCAGAUAAUUUGGCAAAUGAAUGGCUCGAUGAAUUUAUGAAUAAUGUGCCAUCACAAAUUAAUUCAGAUGAAAAAAUGGAUUCUACUUCAAAUAAUAUUUUUACAAAUCAAACUGAAGAUUAUGAGAAUGAAUGGGAUGAAUUAUUUGAUAAUAAUUCAUAUUUCUCACAAUUAACUCAAGAUGAAACAAUUUAUGAAUUUGCACAAAAUAAUCCAUUUUUGAACACAGAAAAUUCUUUGAAUAUGGCAAAAACAUUAAUGAAAAAUGGAAAUUUAUCUGAUGCUAUAUUAUAUUAUGAAGCAGCAGUUCAACAAACACCAGAAGACUCAAAUGUUUGGUGUUCUUUGGCACUUUGUCAUGCUGAAAAUGAAGAUGAUGUUAGCGCAAUUAAAGCUUUCAACAAAUCAUUAUUACUUAAUCCUACCAACGAAAUAGCUUUACUUGGAUAUUCAGUUUCAUUAUCUAAUGAAUUUAGAGAAAAUGAAGCUGUUGAAUAUUUAGAAAGAUGGUUACAAGCUCAUACUAAACAGCAAAUUUCUCCAGUAACCGAUGACAUUCGUUAUAAAUCAUCAUUUCUUAAUAGAGAUAAAUUUGAAAAUGUUGAAAAAGAAUUUUUAAAUGUAGUUAGAAAAAAUUCAGGACAAAUUGAUGUUGAAUUACAAAAUGCUUUGGGUAUAUUAUACAAUAUUGGUAACAAUUAUCCAAGAGCAAUUGAUUCUUUAAAAUUAGCUGUUACAAAUAGACCAGAUGACCCAAGACUAUGGAAUAGAUUAGGUGCAACACUUGCUAAUGAUGACAAAACAACCGAAGCAAUAAGUGCAUAUAGACAGGCAUUAAAUUUAUUUCCAACAUAUGUCAGAGCACGUUAUAAUCUUGGUAUAUCUUGUAUGCAUCUAAAUAGUUAUGAACAAGCUAUAGAACAUUUAGUUUCAGCUAUACAAUUACAAAAAAAUCCUCAAUCAUCUCCAAUUUGGAGUACAUUAAGAACUGCUGUUAUAAGAUUACCUAAAAUUGAUUCCAAUUUAAUAGAGGCUGUUGAUAACAAAGAUCUUAAUAUGUUUCUUAAUAAAAUGAAAGAAAUAUAA